AUGGUGGACAAGAUUCGACGAGACAUGAACCGCGCACUCGGCAAUGUUGCUAUAGUGACGUCAUCAGAGGGGGAUGACAGGAACGGCAACUACGGGUCCACAUAUAUAAACAGGGAUGACAGGAACGGCAACGACGGGUCCACAUAUAUAAACAGGGAUGACAGGAACGGCAACUACGGGUCCACAUAUAUAGACGGCCGUAACAGUAGUGGCAACUACGGGUCCACAUAUAAUAACAGCGAUUACAGGAACGGCAACUACGGGUCCACUUAUAUAGCCAGCAAUGACAGGAGUGGCAACUACGGGUCGACAUAUAAUAACAGCGAUUACAGGAACGGCAACUACGGGUUCACUUAUAUAGCCAGCAAUGACAGGAGUGGCAACUACGGGUCGACAUAUAUAGACAGCGAUGACAGGAGUGGCAACUACGGGUCCACAUAUAUUAACAGCGAUUACAGGAACGGCAACUACGGGUCCACUUAUAUAGCCAGCAAUGACAGGAACGGCAACUAA